UUUAAAAAAAGGCGCGUACUAAUUUUUUAAAUAUCUAACUACGAAUUUUUCAAUUUUCAUUCUAUUUCCACUUUAUUUAUUUAUUCAAAAGUUUGAAAAAAUGACAACUGUCAGCUACAUUCACACUGAUGACACUGACUGUACCUAUAGAACGCAAAAAGUAUUAAAAAUGGCGGCCAAAAGUAAAUUGGCGGUUUUGUUUUUCCGCUAAGUACCGCAAAUAUUAAUUAUUAUAAGUUAUAUCUAAUAUCACAUUAUUUUGAGUUUUAUAAUUUAUUGCGCACAAAAAUAACUAUACAAGAUGAUGCCCCGACGUGGUGGCAAGAGAAUCCGUAUGGAUGAUCCUGUACCCCCUGAGUACCAGGAGCCUAUGACACCCAUGACUCCUAUGACACCAAUGAAUGAUAAUAUCGGCGGUGAUGGACAAGACAACUAUGCCGGUUAUUCUACUUACAACCAAGCACCACAAACACCAUCUCACACUCCACGGUCAGAGAAUUAUUCCUCAGAAAGUUAUAGCUCUCCUAGUACUUCUCAAGUUCAGUAUCAAGAUCAACCAGCAAAUAAUGAAUCUGUCCAAUUUGAACAGCCAACAACUCCAGCUGCUCCAAAUAUGAGAAUAACCAGAAACACCCGAGCAAGAAUGAGAGGCGGUACUGUCAAUCAGCCUAAAUAUCGUGAGGUAGAUACUGAUUACGUUCCAGUUCAACCAAUCAGAGGACGAGGCGGUGGUACAAGAGGUCGUGCGAAGCGGAUCCCAAAUACUACUAACACUGAGGAUGAAGCUAGUCUUUACUAUAUAAUUAAAAAUAACCGCUCCUCUCUUACAAAUAUUGUAGACGAUUGGAUUGAAAAGUAUAAGAUGACCCGUGACAAUGCUCUCCUGAUGCUAAUGCAGUUUUUUAUAAAUGCCAGCGGGUGUAAAGGACGCAUCACACCAGACAUGCAAGCGAACAUGGAACACGUCGCUAUCAUUCGUAAAAUGACAGAAGAAUUUGAUGAAGAAAGUGGCGAAUAUCCGCUGAUAAUGACUGGCCAGCCGUGGAAAAAAUUUCGUACCAAUUUCUGUGAAUUCGUGCAAAUUCUCGUUCGUCAAUGCCAGUAUUCAAUUAUUUAUGAUCAAUUCCUUAUGGAUAAUGUGAUUUCAUUAUUAACUGGUUUAUCUGAUUCACAAGUUCGUGCUUUCCGUCAUACUGCAACUUUAGCAGCUAUGAAAUUAAUGACAGCACUUGUCGAUGUUGCUCUGACAGUUUCGGUAAAUCUCGAUAAUACUCAACGUCAGUAUGAGGCUGAGAGACAAAAAACUAAAGAGCGCAGAGCCAAUGAUCGACUAGAAUCUCUUAUGGCAAAAAGAAAAGAACUGGAAGAAAAUAUGGAUGAAAUAAAAAAUAUGUUGACUUAUAUGUUUAAAUCUGUUUUUGUACAUAGAUACAGAGAUACAUUACCUGAAAUACGUGCAAUUUGUAUGGCGGAAAUUGGUGUCUGGAUGAAAAAAUUUCACCAAAAUUUCUUGGACGAUUCGUACCUGAAGUACAUCGGCUGGACGUUGCACGACAAAGUGGGCGAGGUCAGGUUGAAAUGUCUGCAAGCUUUGCAACCACUUUAUGCCUCGGAAGAGCUCAAAGCAAAACUCGAACUCUUCACUAGUAAAUUCAAAGAUCGAAUUGUCGCGAUGACUCUUGACAAAGAGUACGACGUAGCUGUUCAAGCUGUCAAACUUGUCAUAUCUAUUCUUAAGCAUCAUCGUGAAAUUCUGACAGACAAAGACUGUGAGCAUGUUUACGAACUUGUUUAUUCAUCGCAUCGAGCGGUAGCUCAAGCUGCUGGUGAAUUUUUAAAUGAACGAUUGUUUACUCAAGAUGAAGAAGCAGUGGCAGGUGUAAAAACAAAGAGAGGAAAGAAAAGACUUCCAAACACUCCACUUAUUAGAGACUUAGUUUUGUUUUUUAUUGAGUCAGAGUUACAUGAACAUGGCGCUUAUCUUGUUGACUCACUUAUUGAGACAAAUCAAAUGAUGAAAGACUGGGAGUGUAUGACUGACUUACUGCUGGAGGAAGCUGGACCAGAGGAAGAGGCUCUUGAUAACCAGAAGGAAACUUCGCUGAUUGAGUUGAUGGUAUGUUGCAUCAAACAAGCGGCGACUGGUGAAGCUCCAGUCGGACGUGGGCCCACUCGUAAAAUUUUGUCUACCAAAGAACAGAAACAGGUUCAAGAUGACAAACAAAAACUGACUGAACAUUUUAUCGUCACUCUUCCUCUUUUGCUAGAUAAGUACAGCGCCGACCCGGAAAAGUUGGCGAAUUUGCUGUCCGUACCUCAGUACUUUGAUCUAGACAUUUACACUAAAUCACGGCAGGAAAAAAAUCUUGAAACUUUGCUAGAAAAAAUUCAUGUUAUUGUGGAAAAAACUCAUGACAAUGAUGUUUUGGAUACUGCUGCCAAAACUUUGGAGCAUAUGUGCGUCGAGGGUAAUGCGAUAUUUACAAAAUGCGACAUCUCACGCUCGACACUUAUCGACACCAUUGUUAAUAAAUACAAUGAAGUGAUUGAUGAUUACAGAAAUUUAAUCGAAGGAGCUGAGGUUCCAAAUGAAGAUGAAAUUUUUGAUGUCGUUCAUUCCUUAAAAAAAAUUGCAAUAUUUUACAGCUGCCACAACAUGAAUGGCAAGAAAAUUUGGAGUUCACUUUAUCGAGAUAUCGAGGACGCAAAAGACAUAUCGAAAAAUUUUCCUGAAGAAGCCGGCAAGUAUGCCAUCAGUGCGUGUUUUUUUACUAUUCUUUGGGGGCAAAACCAACUGAUGGAAAGUGUCGACAUGGGAAAACGCGGUGAAGAAGAAGCUCAUCAGUUAUACGAUCAAAUUAUUUCGUUUAUGGAUUCGAUGCGUUACUUUGUUGCCGGAGAAGGUAAUCGCGUUGCUAUUCUACGUGAAGAGGCAUACAAUACUAUUUGUGAUAUGCUCGUUAUGUUCUGUUCGCAACUGACCUCUCAGGCGAACCCUCUGCUGCAUCAGCUGGUUUAUGAAGCAGAUGCAGUUAUGCAGGACAUGCUAAAUCAGUUUAUACAAGAGUACGUUUUUGUUGAAGAAGAAGACGACGAACAUGACGAGCACUCGAAAAUUGAGGAGCUUCAUAAAAGAAGAAACUUCCUUGCUGGAUAUUGCAAGCUUAUAGUCUACAAUAUUAUUCCCACCAACUCGGCUGCUGAUGUUUUCAAGCAUUAUGUCAAGUAUUACAAUGACUAUGGUGACAUAAUUAAAACGACGUUGGGUAAAGCAAGAGAUAUAAACAAAGUUAAUUGUGCCUUGACGAUGCAGUUGAGUUUGAAUGCGUUGUACAAUGAAAUUUUAGCUGAAAAAGAUAAAGUUAAUAAGAAUAGUGAAGAAUUUACUGCUAUCAAAGAACUCGCUAAGAGAUUCGCCCUGUCAUUUGGACUCGAUGCGAUUAAAAAUCGCGAAGCUAUUACAGCUUUACAUCGAGCCGGGGUUUUGUUUGCUAUUACACCGCCGGAUGGUGUUGAACAGGAUCCUACAGGGCCGCCACCAAAUCUUCCAUAUCUGGAAAUUCUUGCUGAAUUUACAAAUAAAUUAUUAAAACAAGAUAAACGUUUAGUAUUGAAUUUCUUGGAUAAAAGAUUACCUGCUGGAAUGCCUUCCUCACGAGGUGAAGAUUGGCAACCGCUUUUAUUAUAUAGGAACAGUUUAUUACAUGGAGAAACAGAUCAGGUACCUGUAACCAGCAAACGAGCUUAUACUAGACGUAAGAAGGAUCAUCUAGCAGAAGAAGAAGAGCCCGAAGAAGCUGAGGAUGGUUCAGACCAUGAGUUCAUGGGCAAGCAGAAAAAGAAAAGGCAGCCUAAAAAGUCUCCACUCAGCGUUACUAAAACAAAUAUUUCAAGACCAAAAGCUGCUGGAUUUUUUGAUAAUAAUGACAUACCAGCUACUCCUGCAUCACCAACACCAACGAUCGAGGACACUGCUAGUCCUUCGCAGGAUGUAGAUGAUAGAUUUAAAACGUUACAAAUACAAAAUAAAGGAGGACGACGAAGUUCAGAUCAGCAGGAGCCACGAGAACUUCGGAGAACAGCGAGGAAUUCUGGACGAUAUGUACAAGGCCAAUAUAUGGAAUCUGAUUCCGAAUAAAAAUUUACGUGACGAAAAAAUGACUAAAAGUUUAUAUAAUUAAAGUAAUUAACAUUACUUUGUUACUACUAUACAUUUUUAUAUA